GAGCUUUGGUCUUGAUCGCGCGUUUGCGAACGAAUUGGAGCGCGCAUAAAUAAUACAGCGAAUUUAAAAAUAAUUACAAAUAGAUGCGCCCAUUAGUAGGCGUUUGUCUGUGACCUUUUAGAAAGUGUGUCAUAGACAAGCGAUUUUGGGUUUGGAACGGUUUUGUGUUGUGAGUGUGCGGCUUUAUAGGUUUGAAUGGACAAUGGGACUUUUCUGUUAGUGAUUUUCGUGUCGGGAAAAUGAAAACGUGCGCGUCCGCGAGUUUUAUAUCGCGAUGCAGCGUUGCCCCUACAUCCACGAGAUGAAGGAGCGGCUGCUGGGCGCACCAAUAGACGGGAUCGAGCGCGAGCAACGCGCGCAAUCCGAACAGCUGGCCGACCCUCAGGUCGGCACUAUUGUCAAACUGAAUUCCGACGGGUACGGAUCACAUACGUCGCCGGCGCGCGCGCCGCUCGUCACGGACGAGUGUGAGGCGCCGGCGGACGAGACCGAUGCACUUACACCCACCGAGGCGGUGCUGCGGUACCGCGCUUGUUGCCAACCAGAAACCAAACCUAAGAAUGCCAAAACUUCGCUGUUUAUUAUCUCGAGUUUCAUCUACGCGAAGCUUCUGGUAGUCGUGUGUAUUGCUUACGUCAUCAGCGAUGUAAUCACUCACAAUCUCCCUCUUUACUACUACGAGGGAUUUUUCACCUACUUGUAUGGCAUGAGCAUAUUGUUUUUGCUGUACGUGUUCUGCUUCUUACUACAAGAAAGUGCAUGCUGCAACGGUAGCCCUCCGAAACCAAAACCUCCACCUAAAGAGAAGAAACAAAAGAAAGAAAAAGAAAAGAAGACUAAAGACAAAGAAGGUAAAGAAGGAAAGGAUGGAAAGAAAGAUGGCAAGAAAGAUGGAAAAAAUAAGGACAAAGAUAAGAAAGAAGACAGUGGAAAGGACAAGACAGCCAAAGAGAGCAAAAAACAUAGCCAGUUCCAGGAGGUGUAUCCCCGUAAGAUGCGUGAUAAAGUACGACAACAACAAUUGCAAAUACAAAUGGCGCAAUUAUAUGCCUCAGAACAGCAACAAGAUGUCGUUGAGUUGGAAGCAGGACCCGUGUCCCGACCUAUGCGCCGUCGGAAAACUUCUCAGAACGAACAUAGCCAUGGUAGCUUCUUCCUAAGAAUCGGCGCUAUUGCUUUUGGCCUAGGAACAAUGAUAUAUAACGGCUUGGAGUUUGGGACGUUCUUCGAAUUACCCUUGGAGUCGCCUUGCUAUUUGAUUUUGAAAGGUGUUAAUCCAGUUCUUCAAAUGGUGUUUACUUUCAUGCAAAUGUAUUUUAUAUUCAUGAAUUCAAGAUUAAAUAUACAUCGAUUCAAAGUUAUAGCAAGAUUCGGUUUGAUGCAUGUUGUGGCUACUAAUAUAUGUGUCUGGAUAAGAACUCUAGUCCUGGAAUCACUAAAGGAAAUUACUGAUUAUCACGUAAAGAACCCUCAGGGUGUUCCUGGAGAAGGCGUACUGGGAAAAGUUAUCCGAAAACAUACGUUGAGACAUUCUGGUAAAGUUUUCGGCGCCGUUACUACCGCUGCGACUACGAUUGCUUCAACUGCAACUACUAUUGCGAAAUCUACCGGAGAACAGAUUUUAAAUGCAAUCUCUGUUACAACCUCUAUUCCUACAACGACUCCCACUACGACCAACAACGCUACAGAAAUCUUUGAAUCAUUCGACAAUCUGAAUCCUGCUGCUUUAAUAGCCAACAUCGAUAAUAGUACAGUAUGCGGACGAAACCCAAUCAUGGGGACCAUUGUUUCGGAUUCAGCUCCUUAUCUAUAUCCAUUUAUCAUCGAAUAUUCUCUGAUUGGGGCUGCUGUAAUUUAUGUUAUGUGGAAACAUAUUGGACGAUAUCCCAGCGUGGCCAGCGAUGAAGAUCUGGAAAGACGUCUGGAGGCUGUUCUGUCCCGCAGGGCAGCAGCGUUAGCGGCGGCUCAGCGUGGCAAUCGUGUUGACUGCGCUGGUGCAUCGAAGGGACUCUUCUGUGGCCUCCUGCUCCUGGUUGCUUCUCUCAUCUGCUUGAUUCUCUUCUUCGUCCUGAUAAGACAUCAAGAGUUGAAGCGUUUAUCGAUUUAUUUAGCAGAUGUUUCCCAUUGUGCGCUGAUGGUGCUGUCAAUUUUUGCUAUACUUAUUGGAUUUAUUCGUGGUAGAAAAAUGAAAUGGAGCUCAAAUCCUUCCUCCUGUACCGAACCUCUUCGCAGGGUGCAAUCACUGAAGUUCCGCUCAGAAGAGCAAUCGGACUUGAAUGAUAUUCUUCUACGUGUCUCGGCGUUUGGACUCUUCGUGUAUGCUGUAUUUAGUGUCAUUGCUGGCGGCAUGGGCGCUUUCACCCACGAGCCCAAUCUUCUUGUCAUGAUUACCGGAUGCUUGAGUGUUCUUCAGGUUGUUCUGCAACUAUUAUUUAUUGCGGAUGUCUCUCGUCGCCGGGUUCACCUUCCCGAACAAGAACGCAGCAAGCCAGCUCGUCAAGCUGUUACUUUCCUGCUUAUUUGCAAUGUCACCAUGUGGCUGAUCUACACUUUUGAAGCACAGAAAGUUCUCGCUAACCCGGUUCAACUCGAUUUCUACGGAUUCGUCGCCUGGUCUCUUGUCCAACGUUUCACACUCCCGCUUUGCAUCUUCCAUCGUUUCCACUCAGCGGUUACUCUCGCUGAAAUAUGGAAGACUAGCUACAAAGCGCGCUUGGAGUGAACGACAUCAGCUGCAGGACGUUAAGAAACAAAGUCCAACAUUUUCAACGCCCUAGGUUGAACAAUAAAUUUCGUCCUGGUCCGGGGCAGCAAUUUUAAACUUAGGUUGGGUAUGACAGUUUCAUGUUUGGAUAGGUAAUUCCAUAUUCAUAGUCGGUAGGUAAAUAGGAAGUAAUAUUGAAAUGACUCUCAUUUUAUGAAGUAGAACAAGAUAAGUAAGUACCUAAUUGCUUUCCCGGAAUGAGUCGUAAAUCACAAUAUGUCAGUACAGAAACUAUAACUAGAUUUAUUUGACUCCCAGUUAAUAAACGUUUUUUUUUUUUUUUUUUUAAUUCUUUAUCACAUUCCGCAAUACAAUAGUUUUGCAUUACAUUUAAUUUGUGGAAGACUGAAUAAAAAGAAUGCAUAAAUUCGACAAAUACGUAUUAACCUAUUGCUCAUAAUCAAAAUUUAAUUAAUAACCAGUUGUGAAGAGUUCCCUCCUUUGUUAGAAGUAAUUUGAGUGCCAUGGUUUUAGAAUUUAAGACGUUUUUAAAAUUCGACAAUAUUUUACAUUCAUUGGUUUAUCGUCAGUUCGGUUAACGAAAGCAAUAGGAAAUUAGGGGCGCCUUAAUUUACUAUCAGAAUUAAUAGUGUAAAACAAAUAAUUUACCACAAUUUCAAUAUUUGAGAAGCUUAGGGUAUUUUUAAAAAUUAGAGAUAAUUAUAUAAAAGUAUCAAAAGAUUUAUUAGAGCUACGUAAUUAUUUGAUAUAGAGAAGUAGGGUUAUAUUACAUACGAAUAUUAUAUAGUUGACGUGCCGAAAUGAAUAUCUUAUUAAAUGUACUUAAAGUUACAGAAACAUCAGAUUGUGAAUUAUUAGCAGUAAACUGCUUGACAUGUUGGAUAUUUGAUUUUAUUGCAAGGGGCCAGAAGAUCUAAAACAUUUAUCACUAUUUCGCACACUUCUUAAGUAUAACGUAUUAUGUAUUUAGCGUUUUGGAAUAUUUAUUAUUAUAUAAAGUAACAACUUUUUAGCUAUUAUAUAAGUUGUCUAUAUGUGAAGCUUGAGAGAACUAAGCAUAUAAUUUGAAAAGUUCGUUUGGUCAAUUUGUGUAUUAUCACAAUUUUUGAUUCCUUUGCGUUAAAUCUCACUGCAAAUAUUUUCGUAACUAACUUUAUGUGCAAUCUAUUUUUAUAGGCUGACUUAUUAUGGUAGGUAGAAACAUACCUAUUCGGAGAUUGGAGUUAACGAACGCGUUAUGCGCAAUAUCAUUUCUACUUUACAGAUUUUGUAUAAAUAGGUCAUAUAAAAUUAUUUAUAAUAUAUUUAUUAAUUUUGUAAUUAACUUUAAGAUUUAAUUGUCUGGUUUAUCCUAGAAUCAGGGGUGAUGUGUGCUCACAUUGUGAGAUUUUGAGUGAAUGUAGUUCGGAGUUUUGAAUGGUAUAAUCUUUACGAUCGUAAUAAUUCUUAAAAUCUAGUACUUUAUCUAAAUAAAGGAUUACGCGAUGAUCGCUAUCACUUUAUGAUUAAAUAUACCUAGCAUCUCGAAACAUUCGGCGGUAUUAUGGUACGUAUGCGUGUUUGGCUUGUUUUAUCACUGCCGAUAUAAUAUUUAAACCACAUUUUAAUAGUAAGUCUUUGAUAAAUCUAUACUAUUUCUAACUUGUUCAAUUUUGUAGUGAUAUUUACUGUGUACCUAAAUGUUUGGAACAAAAUGUACCGAUGUUUGUAUCUUUAGGUUUAAAAUUAUUAAGUGGAUACUCAGUCAGUGUUAUAGAUACUUACCAAAAAUUAAAAAUUUGGAUCCUCUACAUAUUUAAAUAUAUGAUUAA